AGUAGAAAUGGUGGUGGGUGAAAUUUUUAAAAAAAUGGGUGAAAUGGUGGAAAUUGUAUGUUCAGGAAGAAGAUGGAAUAGUAAAAAUUGCUUAUGGUGUCAAAUGCAAAGUUAGCUUGUAAAAUACGAAGUAAUAAUUAAAAAAAAAAAAGUUGUAUAUAUUUACAUUAUUGUCCUUUUUUGUUACUCAAAAUUGCGUAAUCGGGGCUUGACCCUAUUUUACCGUUUUCUAUUUUUUUUUUUGAAAUAAUUUUACCAUUUGCUAUUUGUUACUCUGAUUGCGUAUAUCAUAUUAUUACACAGUGUCAUAGGUUAGACUUUUAAAGAUGGAGGAUGGAUGGGUAUAUGCAUACUCUAACUCAAUAACAAUAUAAGUUGAAAAUUUUGUCAUACCUAUUUUGGAUUGUAUUUAUUUCACAAUCAUCUUGAUGAAAAUAAUAUCCAAUCGAAAUUGAUAGCCGUAUCAAUUAAGAAUUUGACCUAUUUCUUACACACCCUCUUGGUCAUAAAUCUUGCAUAAUUUUCUCCACGUUACAAGCACUAACACAAACUUGGAACUUCAAACAACAUGAACCCAACAUUCUAAACCACUUUCAAAUUUUCAAUAUUGAAUUCUCAACAAAAAAAAACCCUCAAAAACAUAAACAAUUGCAACCACCAUGUUCCUCUUAGAUCUAAACAAUUUAAGUCAAUUUUCUAUAAAUACCCACAACACAUUUUCACAAUCACAUCACUCUCAAAAACACCCACAAUUCCCAUUUCAGAAAUUCAAUUUCAAAUCCCAGAAAAAUGGGCUGUGUUAUCAAACUCAUUGAUGCAAUUUUAUUACUGUUCUUCCUUUUAAUGUCAGUUGUUAUCCCAUUGUUUGAUGCCCAAAAUUGUUUACCAAAAGAAUAUUAUCCUAAUGUUUUGGUAGAUCUAAAUUCAUGGUAUAGCAGUGUGUAUGGUGAUUAUUUGGUGGCUGAGAAGCCACAUUUCUUUGUGGGUCUAAUUUGGAUGGAAGUUCUUGUUCUUUGGCCAUUGUCAAUUAUCAAUCUUUUUGCUCUUAUUUCUUCGAAGUCGUGGUUUCGCACUACCUGCUUGAUCUAUGGAUCCUCCGUUGCCACCUCCAUGGCUGCAAUACUUUCUGAACUCUUGAGCUCAGGCAAAGCAUCAGAUAAGUUGAAAAUGGUGUACUUCCCAUUCAUGGGCUUCGCUGUGUUGGCGAUCCUACGUGGUUUACUUCCAUCAUCAUGCAAGCCUGCAGCUGUCGGCAAAAAUACUGUAGCAGGUAGGAAGAAGAGGGCUUGAAGUUACUAGCAUUGCAACUACAAUUUUGCCUUUCUGAGGUCCAUUGGAUAUUUGGAUGAUAUUCCUUCCAUUCUUGUUCCUGUGCUACAAUUAGAAAAGCUCCAUUUUGAGCCUUGAUCACAAUUUAAUGAUCAGAAUUUUGUAUUAUUACAAUUAUUUUGAUGGCCAUUGUUCUACAGAUUUGACUGUUUAUCA